AUGGAUGCUGACAUGUCUGAAUUACCUCCUAAUCCUCCCCCACAGCGUUUGUUCUCUUUAGAAGAAGCCCGCGACCUAGAUAUUGAAUUUCUAGAUCGAGCCAAACAUAUUCAGGAUGAAAUGAAACAGUUAAAAAAGGACCUAGAUAUGCAUAAGAAGAAGAAGAAAGCCUUAGAACUGUGUGUGGACAAGUUGCGGCUAUCUUUUCAGGAAUAUGUCUACUCAAUUGAAGUUCUUGAAAAUUCACCACUCUACAAGAAAGUAGCCCCUAAUGAUAAACUGAAUCACAGCCGAAUACUCAAAAACUGCCAUUUAUUCAUGCCUCCUGUAAUAGACUCAGACUCUUACAUUGAUGCGCCCAUUGAAAACACCAUUCGCAAAGCUUGUUUAGAAUAUAAGCAUGUCAAGAGUCUGUACAAUGCCUGUCUGGCCCUAGAGAAUACUAAAGCCCCAAGUACAGAAACUACUGCUGAUAUUGAACAUUCUUUUGAUAUCUAUGAGAAAGGCGUAAACUACUCGCAUUCCAAGAUGUCCUUUGCCCUACUAGUUAACCAAUUGGUCUUGCAACUAAUGGAAGGUAUAUUCCAGGAGGUAGAACAUAUGCAUGGUUUAUCCUUUGAGUACUUUAAACUGUGCCUGAACCUGCAUAAAAUCAAGGAGUAUCAGUACAACUCCUCUGAAAAUGCUAUUGAUCCGCAUUUAAUCUCUCGUGAGAACAAGACUUUUACUGAUAAGGCCCUUGAGGAGUUAGAAAGACAGAAAAGACGGAUUUCUAAUGAAAAACGGCCUACUCCGGCUAAUUACAAAUUAGAACCCAAUCCUGUAUCUCUACAACGACGCCGGGUGCCUUAUAUCACUGACUUUUUAGUGGGCAAGUUGCCUGUUAAGUCUACCUACUCUUUUACUACUAAGUUUGAGAUAAGCCAGCAACUUUUACGUGGCCAUAUCUCUAUUUAUCCAGCACUGAUAGUAGUAGAAGAAUUGGUUUUUGGUUGGAAGUUUAUCUUCCAGAAAGAGAAGAUCUUCUACUUCAAAGCGGCAAGUAAUUAUGUUGAGCUAGAAACUGCAGUCGGAUCUAUUACUAUCUACUGCAACCAGAAAGAGUCACUCUUCUUUUCGAAGUGGAUGCAAGGUGCUGACUUCUACUUUCCCCAAGAUACGCCCUUGGGCUAUGUAGAUGCAGAUCUUGAUACGGCCUUCUGCUGGAUCUUUGAAGAAAACACGGAUAUUCCUCCAGAACUGUACCAUGCCCAUAAGUAUACCUUAAUCGAGACUAAACGAGGUGAGAACAAUCUGCGCAAACGCCUCUUCACUAAGAAACUUAUCUGGUGGUCUUUUGAGUUUAGUACUAAGUAUGAAGAGACAUACUUACUGGAAAAAAGAACUCCUCAGGAAAUUGUUGUUCUAAUCUACUCAGAAUACUCGCUUUGUUCUUUCCUGCCUCCUUUUGCGGGUAUUUCCAAGAUAACCCUACAGCUACUGUCUAAUGAACAGAAAGAAACCACUAAUGUGUUUUAUGCCUACAAAAAGUCUACCUCCUGGGCCUUCAAGUUCUUAUCACGCAUGCUUAUCAAAGAAAACGUCUGUACUCUUCAUUCCAUUGCCAUUACAUCUAAGAAUGGCCAUACCUUCCAUAAGCCACGGCACUACUUUACUCUUCUAGCCACUAGCUUUCUUAUGGCUCUUCUUUCAGUGGCUAUAGCUACUGGAUAUCUUUAUAAGCUUCUUUUCAAACUGCUUCUUCUUUAG